CCAUCUGGUCUCAUGAACUGUCAAAGGUUGGUCUAGCAUUUACAUGAAAAUAAGCUUCACAGUUUAAUGAGCUCAUCAAAAAAGGCAAACUUGGGAUUUUCAAACUGCAUUUUGCAAGAACUUAUUACUAAUUUGGCAGCAGAAUGAUCGAUUGGAAUACGGACUUUGAUUGCAUAGUUUAAUCAACUUGAAUCAAGAGAUCUGGUCUUUUACCAAGUCAUAUACAUUAUUUUAAAGUCUAGAGUCUAGACUCAUAGUCCUUUUUCCUCUUCUUUAUUUGUAUAGUUGUUUUCUUGAUCAGAGAUGCUUUUGCUAUCUUUCUUCAUCUGUUUCUGACUUUCGUCCCUUAGUCUUCCUCCUCCUCUUUCCAAAACUAAGAUCGAGAACAAAUAAGAGAAAACUUCAACGCCUCACCACUCCAUGCAGUCCCGACCUCACCUCACCUCCGCCCAACGCCUCUGAUCGAUUCUCUUCUGAUCACCGCCGCAUAUCUCUGAUCCACCCUCAGGUAACAAUCAUCACCUGCGUGUGGGUGUGUAUCAAAAAUUCAAAACUCAAAAGCCCUAUUUCUCUUAUGCUUUCAUCUUCCUCCGUCUUCUCCUUCUCCUUCAUCUGACGACGAGAUUCUCCAGUUCCAGAUCUAGAGCGCCUAGGCGGACGCCUUAUUGCCCACCGCCUAGUCCCCAUGAUCACAGGAAGGCUACCCAUGCCAGCACGACUAGUCCUUCUACUUCUUGGUUUGUGCAGUGUCGCUUGCCACGCUAAUGAUGAUCCUCAUCACUGUGAACCUUCUUCCUGCGGCCACAUCCGAAAUAUAAGUUACCCUUUCCGACUCAAUGAUGAUCCAAAGAAGUGCGGUAAAUCAAUGUAUAACCUGUCUUGUGAGAACAAUGUCACUGUAUUACACUUGUAUUCAGGAAAAUACCAUGUGCUUGCCAUCAAUUAUGGAAAUUACACAAUCCGAGUUGUGGAUGCCAAUAUACGUAAGGAUAAUUGCUCUUCACUCCCUCGUAAUUCGUUGGCCAGCUAUAACUUCAGUGAGGAGGAUCCAUACAGCAUUGAUAUGUUGAAAGGUCAAGGUCACAUUUAUUGGGGGUACGCGCAUAAGUUUGAAUUGUCAAAGCCUAUAAUCUUCAUGACCUGUGAAACUCGGCCGGUGAAUUCGUAUAUCUAUAUGGAUACUGCUCCUUGCAUUAAUGCAACGAGUGGGCAUUCUUUUGUUAUCACUAGAGGCUUAAAUGCCUCGGAUUUGUGGAAUUCAUGUCGCAUAGAGCUGAUGGUCUUGACAUCAUCGUCGAUUGGUACAAAGGACACGAACAGUUCCUACAUUGACAUCCAUAAUGAGCUGCUCUAUGGUUUUGAACUUUCAUGGUAUUACAGCUACCGGGGAUCACGUACCUAUUGGCAAUGCUACGUCGACACUGAUACCAACAAAGUUGAUUGUGGCACCAGGUAUAGUACCUUGGACUUUAUAAGAGAUCUACCUAAACUAUUUGCCGAAUUAUUCAUUCUAGUAACUCCAACGGCAGUACUUGGGGCGACUGCAAUAAAAGCUAUAUUCGGAAUUCCAUGUGUGGUUGUCCUUUUAAUCUUGAAGUUGAAAAGACGACAUUUAUCAAUGUACAACGUUAUUGAAGAAUUCUUGCAAAGUCACAACAACCUCAUGCCUAUACGGUACUCCUACUCCAACAUCAAGAAGAUGACCAAGGGAUUUAAGGAUAAAUUGGGGGAAGGAGGUUAUGGCGCUGUGUAUAAAGGAAAGCUUCGGAGCGGUCACCUUGUUGCUGUUAAGAUGUUGGGAAAUUCCAAAGCUAAUGGGCAAGAUUUUAUGAAUGAAGUUGGUACCAUUGGAAGAGUUCAUCAUGUAAAUGUGGUGCGACUAAUUGGCUAUUGUGCUGAGAGAUCAAAGCGUGCUCUUAUAUAUGAGUACAUGUCAAAAGGGUCUCUUGAUAAACACAUAUUUCCUAAGGAAGGACUCAUCUCCUUAAAUUGCAAGGAAGCAUUUGAAAUUUCACUAGGAGUGGCUCGUGGUAUUGAUUAUCUGCAUCAAGGAUGUGAUAUGAAAAUUUUGCAUUUCGAUAUCAAGCCACACAACAUUCUUCUUGAUGAUAACUUUGUUCCAAAGAUUUCUGACUUUGGGCUAGCAAGAUUAUGUCCAUUAGACGAUAGUAGUUUAACUAUGACUGCUGCAAGAGGAACCCUUGGAUACAUGGCUCCAGAACUGUUUUACAAAAAUAUAGGAGGUGUCUCGAACAAAGCUGACAUCUAUAGUUUUGGAAAGUUGCUGAUGGAAAUUGCAGGGAAAAGAAGGAAUUUAAAUGCACUUGCAGAAAAUACGAGCCAAAUUUACUUUCCUUCUUGGGUGUAUGACCAGUUCAAUGAAGAAAAGGAGGUGGAAAUUGAAGGUGCCACGGAUGAGGAAAAGAAACUAACAAAGAAAAUGCUCAUGGUAGCAUUGUGGUGUAUACAAAUGAAGCCCAGUGACCGUCCUAAUUCGAUGAACAAAGUAGUAGAGAUGCUUGAAGGAGAAGUUGAAUUCAUUCAAAUGCCUCCAAAGCCUUUACUGUAUCCACAAGAAACUCCACUAGUGGAUGAUGAAGAUGAUUCGGAAACAACUUUCUCAUCAUCACUGCCAUUGAAAAAUGAAGCUCAAGAGUCAAUUAGUUCGAUUCAAAAUCCAAAUUAAAGGAAGUGAUGUACUAGUUAAUAUUUGUAAUCACAAUGGAGCAUAGGCAUUUCCUAUCAUGCAGUUUUUAAUAAGUGUUCUUCCAUGCUCCACAUAUACACUUCUUGUACUACUUUAUUAA